ACUAGGUUUCUUGUCCUAUGGUUAUAUAUCCAGUGGUUAGUCCGUCAGUCUGCCCGAAGUAUCUCAGGCAAAGAAGAGGUCCCGCCUAUAUACGUCUGUCCCUAUACUACAAGCACCUAUCCUAGUAUAGUCACCAUGAGUGAUUUAAUACCGUCGUGGAAUAUUGUCCACAAACUAGAGAAGCGCAAUCUUCUCAUUGCAAUCAACUGUAUCGCAGGCUUGUCGAUCCUGUUCUUCGGAUACGACCAGGGAAUGAUGUCGGGGGUGAACAACUCCAAGAACUAUAUCGACCUUAUGGGCUUCGGCUACACCAAGAUGGUAGACGGAGAGCUUACUCCAGUUGUCACAGACAGUCUGCUACAAGGAGGGAUUGUGUCCGUCUACUACCUGGGCACAUUGUGCGGCGCGCUGGUUGGUGGCUGGAUUGGUGAUAAGAUUGGUCGAAUCAGGACCAUCGCCUCAGGCGCUGUCUGGGCGGUCUUGGGGGCUUCCUUGCAGUGUGCAGCACAAAACCAUAACUGGAUGAUCUGUUCACGUUUCAUAAACGGCAUUGGAACGGGCAUUCUGAAUGCUAUCGUGCCGGUCUGGGCUACGGAGACUGCUGAACACACCUCCCGUGGAAAGUUUAUUGCAAUUGAAUUCACCCUGAAUAUCUUCGGUGUCGUGGUUGCCUACUGGCUGGAGUUUGGACUGUCCUUUAUCGAUGGUGGCAAAUCUGCAUUCCGCUGGCGGUUUCCUAUCGCGUUCCAGAUCAUCUUCUUGCUUCUCCUGUUCGCUUCGGUCUGGUUCUUCCCCGAGUCGCCACGUUGGCUGGUCAAAGUAGGUCGUGAGCAAGAAGCGCGUUAUAUCCUUGGCCGUCUUCGAGGGAGUAGUGGUCACGAUGCAGUCCGCGCCGAGGCUGAAUUCCGGGACAUUCAAAGCGUUGCAGAGAUGGAACGGACGGUGAACUACAACACUUCCUAUCUGUCCAUGCUUUUCGGCUACAAAACCGGCAAAUUACAUCUUGGGCGGCGUGUACAACUUGUCAUUUGGCUACAGAUUAUGCAGGAAUGGGUUGGUAUUGCGGGUGUCACUGUCUAUGCGCCGACCAUCUUCAGUAUCGCCGGUUUCGAUUCCAUGAAGAGUCAAUGGCUUAGCGGGCUGAACAACGUCUUCUACAUGUUCGCUACGCUCGUAUGUGUCUUCACCCUCGACCGUAUCGGCCGUCGGUGGACCCUAUACUGGGGAGCCGUCGGCCAAGGAAUCGCCAUGUUUCUAGCCGGAGGAUUCUCCCGGCUGGCAAUCAAUGCUCGAGACUCGGGUGAUGCUGCGCGCGCCAGUUCAUUCGGAGCCGCCGCCGCCGCAAUGAUAUUCAUCUUCACUUCAGUCUUCGGGGCGACAUGGCUAACAGUGCCAUGGAUUUAUCCCGCCGAGAUCUACCCACUGGCCGUGCGAGCCCGCGGAAACGCCUGGGGGGUUGUUGGCUGGAGUAUCGGUAACGGAUGGCUGACCCUACUAUGCCCUGUAAUGUUCAGCGCGAUCGGCGAGAAAACUCUAUAUGUUUUUGCAGCCAGCAACGUCAUCACAAUCCCGAUGGUGUGGGCGCUGUACCCAGAGAGUAACCAGCGGACCUUGGAGGACAUGGAUCUACUCUUCGCAUCGGAUAGCCCAUGGGUAUGGGACGCCGAGAAAACGUUCCGGCAAUUGAAGGCCGAGAAUCCUGGAUACGUGGAGACGGCAGCUCGGAAGGGGAGUGUAGUGGUUGAGCAUGUACAGGAUGUAUAGAUGAGACGGCUCAGCCUUGACCGAUCAUACAUCAUCUAGAGUGCAUAUCACAUAAGUUAAACGACUUGAUGCCUAUAUUUGAACUAGCAUGUAAUACAC